UGAUAUAAUUUAUGGAUCAUUACAUCAUUAUACUUGAGGCCAAUGAUCUCACUGAAAAGUGACUUGCUGUGCCAGUUAUAUGUAUUCAUUUGAAGAGGAUAGACUGGCAUGGCUGAUUAUGAAGGGCCAAUAGACGAAGGUUAAAUCUUGACCACCAUGGCAUUCAAAGAUACCUACAGAACCAUCGUGGGAUACGCUCGCUAUUGCCUGCUACUAAUCAAAGUUUUUCUACAUCUUCUCGGGCUCAAAUUCGUCUGUCGAUUCCUUCCGAAGUAUCAAAAGAAGGUCGGAAAAUCCGUGUUCCAGCUAUCACUUGGACUUAUCACAGAAGAUGACGCCGUUGACUCCAUAGAGAGAUGGUCGUCGUGGCAAAGCAUCAAGUACCAAUUGAAUAUAGUACAUCGCAAAGCGUUCUGCAAGGUCAACGUCGGGACUCCUGCUGCAAAUUCAACUUUACUUACUCUCGAAGGCAAGAGAGAAGUCAAGUUGUUCGACUUCAUGAAGGCUGGGCGACCGCUGGUCCUGAAUUUUGGUAGCUGCACUUGACCCCCGUGGGUGGUGAAUGCCAAGAGAUUCACUGCGGUUGCUCAUGACUACGCUAACGAUGCGGACUUUUUGGUCAUUUACGUCCAAGAGGCUCAUCCGAUAGAGGCGUGGUCGUUCGCGACCAACAGGUUCAAAUUGUCCAUGCACAAGUCAUUGGAUGAUCGCUUCGAAGCCGCGAGUAAUACGAAGGAACUUGGAUUCUACGAUCAGGUUCUUGUCGACCCAAUGGAUGACAACUGUAGUUACGAUUACAAUCCUCAUCCAGAGAGGCUGUACAUCCUGAUGGACGGUUACUGUGUGUUUAAAAGUGGUGAAGGUCCGAUGGGAUAUGAUGUCACUGAAGUGGAGGAUUGGUUGGCGAAAUUCGUAGGGAGGGACAAUGCCUAACCGGAGAAAAUAUCUUAAUGUAUACUAGUAGUUAGUGAUUGUGUAUUUACUGGUAGUAAAAUUCAUUGUAACCUCACUAUAACGUGAUGAAACACAAGAAGUCAACUGGGGACUAAGAAUCCCGUUAAAACCGGAGGAAAACCUCGAACCUCAGUAUUAAAUUGCAACGUAAACACUGUGUACAAGCGCAUCCCGACAUAAACAGACCUUGCUUCACCGACAGGAAGGAUAUUCCAUUGGCUCAAUUAUUCGUUGUAUUUGUAUAGGUUGGACAAAAUGCACACUGUGAUACCACCGGGAUAUAGCCGAUUAAAAAACGUACCUGAUUCGCAGUGAAAUACCUUGCUUCAAAAGAAUAUGAUCAAUGGACGCUUCUUCCGGGAGACCCGGGCCGGGAGAUAGCCCUGGUCCUUUGCGCACAGUGAUGUACACACAGCGGAGGCCCCGUGGUGGCAUCAUGUCAUGUCAUAACAUGAAUGUACCCGCAGUGUCAAUGGUCGUAUAACCAUGCAUCGGGUAAUUGCGUCGACGGUAACCUGGUCGUUUGAUUUUUUGGCCCUGACCUCAUCAUCGAUCGCCACAUGUUAAACCCCCGAGUGCAUUUCUCUAUGACGGAUAAGCCGAAACAAAGAGGCAAAAUCUCGAUUUCUCACUGAAAUGCACGCAGGAUGUUUAAUAACGCUCCUCGAUUGAGGUGAAGUUAUUCGUGUUUUUUAAUGUGUUAUUGUACUAACUGAAAACGAAGGUCGCAAUUUCAAAACAUCUCGCAUGAUCAUGUAAUCAGUUGGUGCAGUUCCCAUGAACAAAAGGUCAACACUUGUCACCGUGGGCCGCGUUAUGCGUAGAGGUCUUCCUCUCUAUCUUAAUUGUCUUCACGUUUCUUGGUUUAAUUACUGGCGAAUACAUAUUGCACUUAAAAAGCCAUGGAGGACAUAUUUAGCGACAUCUUGACACACAACUGAGAGGCAACUCCCCUCUUAACACCAAGACGCCGGUUAGUGGUGUUGUGGGAAAAUCUGUCAAGGAUAGUGUGUCCCAGGGAUAAAGAAUAUUUUCUUCUUGUUCAGCGUUCUCAUACUGACUCAUAUGUUGGCCAAAAGACAAGAGAGUGCACUUGUUAAUCUCUCAGAUAUUGAAAGUCUUGGGUUUCUGCAGAAACGUACCAUCACCAUACAAUAGGGUUGGGAUCUUUUUUUCGGAGAGAGAACAUUUAAAACCGCUACACCGGAUGAAAAAAUUGAACGGCCCGAGCAUUGCGAGCUAAUUCACCAAUCGGGCUGUCAUACCUGCUGCCAGCUACACGUCGAGAUACUCAGUAAUCUAUGAAUAAGCUCAUUGUCCAUUUCAGCCCAAUAAAGCAAAACUAUUAAGAAAUAAUGUGUGCAAUCAAGUUCUAAAUGGUAUGUCUUCAUCCAAAUAUCCCUUAGACCUAACCUCGGGGAAGAUACCGAGAACCUUUAACAUGCUUCCUUAGGCAAUGCAUUGCUAUUAAGUCACCAUUAGCAUGGGCAUCGACCUUAAUCGGAAGGAGGGAAUUCAAUUUCCUUAUGUGCAUCCUGUGGCAAUGAACACUUCUAUAAUCAGUUAGACACGACAGGUCCUCCGCCAGCUUUGGCGACGUUUCUCGAACAUCUAUGAUAACAGCGCUUGUUAGUGUGAGAUCAGCUUGACCACCGUGCUGCAGCUUAUAGUAUUUUGUCCGCAAAACUGGGAGGUACAAAAGUCCUUUUAUACACAGGGAGGAGAGAUUUGUUCUUUUUGUAAGCCAUUAGGGAUCAGUAAGUUGGAGUACGACAUAAGCUUAUAGUUUAUAGUUCGAUAUAGUAUUCACUAGGAAAAAAUCAGUAAUUUGUUACAAAAUGAUUUUCAAAAAAAGUGUUGUAGUUUUUCUCUGUUUUUUCUAAAAUAUUUUACUCGGCGAAUAAGAUACGUGCAGUUUGGAAUAUGUCAUUUGUGAUGAUCAAAUAUGGUAAUUGUCUCGACUGGGAAGAGAAAAUAUAGGGUCGAGUGUG